AUGGCUGCCCCUCGGGAGAUUACCAUCGAAUGUCUCAACGGCCGUUGGGUUCUGAAUAAGGACCUGACCAGCGAGGCAGACCCUAUUCUAAAAUUGCAAAAAGUACCUUGGUUGCUCCGCAAGGCAUUCGGAUUCGCAACAAUAUACAUCCAAAUCUCCCAAUACCAAACACCAGCAUCCGAAACAAGCCAACCAUCUACGAGUAUCGACUUUACCCAGACAGCCACAGCAGGGCUGGCCGCAACCAAAGAAGAACGCGUCUUGGAUUGGAAAGUAUUAGACCACGAGGACUACUUCUUCGGCGAGGUCAAAGCACAGAGUGAAUUCGUCCACGGUGUUAUUGACGCAGGUGGAAUCAUAAGGCCUGAAUUUGAGCUUCAGACGGCCAUGUCUAAUGACCAGAUUAAGCAAUACUUACGAGGUGAGAUCCAGGAGGAUGGGAGUAAAUCUACCGGUUUUCUAGUUGAGGACUGGAGUGGGAUGUCUGAGGAGGGGCCUGGUCUUUGGGUACAUACCUUUGAGCGGAAUGUUAAGUCUGGCUGGACAGCUGAGCAGAUUUGGGGAUUUGAGAUGUUUGGGGACUCGCGAUACUUCUCUCGUCGAGGGGUGAUCAUGACGACGAGGGGAGAAUAUAUGUGUGGGAGAAUUGUGUUUGAUUUCGUGAGUACUUAA